UCUCCCCCUCUCUUCCUCUCGUCUCCUCGCAAACACAACGAAAACGUGAUGGCUUCGACGACGUCGCUUUUCCUUUCCUUCUCUUCUCUCUCCAACCGACCCAAAAUUGCGCAACUCCGAACCCUAAUCCCAUCGCUGAGAAAUCCAAGCCUCCAUCCUCCAAGACUGAAGGCGUUCAGCCGAAGAUGGCGCUCCUUGACGAUCUCCGCAGCUCUCCCUCCUCUCGAUCUGACGGAGGAGAACAUCCGGCAGGUCCUAAUUGACGCCAGGUCGGAGUUUGCACAGCUCUUUGACACAUCAGUUGGCAUAACAGGUCAGGUGGAUCUUGCUGAACUGGAUGGUCCUUUUGUGAAGAUUAGACUGAAGGGUCGAUUUUGGCACAUGCGAAACACAGUUUUAGAACGGAUCAGUAAUUAUCUUAAGAAUCGAAUCCCCGAAAUUCUUGAGGUGGAUAUUGAAGAUGAGAAACAGUUAGAUGACAGCCCAGAAAACUUUUGAGUUGAUCAUUGGUGGAGAAACUUAUGAACACCUGGUACAUAAUCAGCUUAACGAGACGCAUGGUGUUCAAGUCCGUGAAUACCAGUAAUAUCCACUUUUAUAUGUCUGAGAUCCACAUCUAUUAACUGAGCGAUCAACUCUUCGACACGCAGCUCUACAAUGUUAGGACAUCCUCUUGGAGUGUAAACAGUUCCUUGAGGCUGCAAAUGUUUGCGAUGUUGAGGUGUGUUGUAUAGAAUUGUGAUUCAAGUAUCCGAAUCCAUGUGUAAAUGAUGUUUUCUUUUGUUCAUCAAACCUUUGAUUCAGACUUUUGUUUCUAGUGAUACGCUGGUGAUGUAGGAAUUGUUUUGCUCCAUCAGUGAAGUAGAAUGUUGAAGAUAUCCCACGAUUUUGUUUAGUCGAA